AAGUUUGUCUGUAGUCAACCCAAGCCUUGCUUUUUUUUUAAUCAGGAGAAAAAAAGUAACAUUUGCGUAUGGUGUUUGGCAGUGUUUUACGCGAAGUAAAUAUGUGAGAUAGCAGAAUUAACAUAAAAAAAUGCAGUUUUCAAACGAUAUUCGAUAGCAAAUGAGUAUUUUACAUUCGUCAGUGGAAAAAACUGCUGGACUUACUCAUCCCCACUACUUUUGAUGAGCGUGAUUGACUUUUGGUCAAACCUGAAUAAGAUACUACCAGGGGAAAUUCCCAAAAGUCCGAUGGAUCUUGCCGAAACCAUGAAGAAUAUAGUUGCAAAGGGAAUACAAACUGAGAUGGGCCCUCCAUUUGCUGGUGCUGGUUAUGUGACAGAAAAGUUGUACAUGCUGCUUCAAUUAUAUUUGCAAAAUAAAGGAUGGAAUCCAUCAGUGGAAUUGUUACAGUGCUUCAGCGAAUUAAAGGAAGCAUCAAUGCUACCAAGUGCUGCCUACUUACAGAUGAUGGCAUCUCGUGUGGCACUAGAUGCUCAAGGUCGUUUGAUAUUGAGAGAGAAUGGCAAGAUAAUCCUGCCUUAUGAACAUUUCGCUAAUGCUGUAAUGUUGAAGCAUAUGAAUGGGCCACACGGGCUUCAUCUUGGAUUGGAAGGAACCAUCAGAGCUGUAAUGGAGUCCUAUACAAUUGGAAGAGAAUGUUUUGGAAUGGAGAAAGAAUUUAUCGUGGAUGUGGUCCAGAAUUGCCCAAAUGCUGCUUGUCGUUAUUACAAGAACCAACUUGAACUAACACAGAAGGGCAUGCACCUUAGUGCACCUACAUACAUCCCUGAUUCAGCAGGAGGUACAAGCCAGUUAAAUCCUUCAGUUCAAGAGGCUGCUGCAAAUUUACUAAGAAGUGCUGCAUAUCCAAGUUCAGCAGCAGGAGCAGAAUUCGGUGUACCAUUACCACUGCAUCACCCAGUGGAAAUGGGAGCAGAUGCUGCAAAUAAAAAGGCUCACCACAAGCAGCAAAAAACCUAUGAGCAAGUUGAUUCAAAAUUAGCAGACUUUUUAAGGGCUAAUCUUGAAAAUCUUGAAGGUUUCUCCAGUGCUAAUAAGGAUCUUCUAGCCCUUCAUAAUGGGGCUUGGCCCAACAGUGAUAUGGAUAAAAGAACAUCCUCUGGUUCUGAAGGGGGACAGGAAAAAAUAGUCAGGGCAUUCACUGAAAUAAUGAAAAAUAUGUCUCGAAUGAAGACCUGUAUUCGACCAGCAAUGUGCAAACCAUAUGGGAAGCAGUCUGAAGCACUACAAAAAACAUUGGUAGAUACAAUUCAACUUGUUCAGUCUCUUCGCUCUUUUCUACCACCUCCACAUAUUGCUGUUAGCAGCUGGAAAAAUGAAGACAAACACAGGAAAACUAGUAUGGAGGAUCUCUGUGAGUCAACAGUUCGCAAGAUUGACUGAUAUGAUCUGUCAUUGAGCCCAAUGCGUGCUGAAGCCAUAGAUGCAGACAAUAUUCUAGUCAGACCAAAGACUAUAGAUGAAUGAAGGAAAUAUCUGUGAUAGUCAAAAACCUUGAAAAGGCAUGUAAUGUGACUGUACGUAAUAACAUAUUUCUAAUUUUGUUUUUUGAACUUCCAGGAUUGUGUGUUACAUUUAGUUCUUUCAUUGUUGUAAAGCUACAGCCUGAUGUUUCUGUUCAUUCCAAGCACUUUAAAAGUGACAAAAUCACAUUUUUAGUGAAUCAGUUACUUUUUUGUUCUGUCACAUGGCUGUGAUAGUGGUCAGCUUUAUGUUUGUGUUAUUGUCAUUUGAACUAAAUUGAAUCUGUUAUAUAGUUUAUAUUCAGAAGAUGUUGUAGAGCUCAAUGUAUUUUUUUGUCAGAUGUAUAUAUAUCAUUAUGUGAUUUCCUUCUAAUUUUUGUAAAAUGAUAUGCACAAGAUCAUUUUUUUAACAUUGUGUUAUUAAGUAGCACUGAGAAAAAAUCUUUCUUACAAUGUUAUUUGAGUUACAUUUGAAGUAUGAGAGUGAAAUAGAAACAAUGAAUAAUUGUCUGGCCGUAAGAAGCAUACAUUUUCAAAACUCGUGUUUCACGUAAAGGUGUAUUAAGAUCGUCAUUUGUGUUUGUGUACGUAUAUUACCUGAAUUCUUUGUAUCAAAAGGAGUGUGAGUUAAAGUGAUAAAGAGUAUCUGGAAUACUGCUGAUGCCUUUUGUAACUCUGCUGUAGAGUGAGGUGAAUUAAUGUGAUUACUUUUUUUUUUUUUAAGAAAAAAGUACUGUAUUCAUAAGUGUUUCAUACAAAUUCAUAUUGUACUUGUAGAGUAUUUUCUUGCAUUUAAGACAUCUGUUAAGCAAAAUAAUAUAUUGUCAGUAAGUUAAAUAUA